AUGGGGAGCCAAAGCUAUGGGUCUGAUGCUAAUUCAGCUAGUCGGAACUGGGGUCCUAAUUGCUACUGUGGUAGAGCUACAUCGAUUAUCAAAUCAUGGACAAACGAUAAUCCGGGAAGAAGAUUUAUCAGAUGUGGUGUUCAUGGUUUUGUCAACUGGGCAGAUGAAGAUAAGCCUUAUGGUUGGCAGAAGGUGAGCUUAUUAGAAGCUAGAGAUGAGAUUCGUCAGCUGAAAGACGAAAUGAAGGUGUUCAAAGAAUCUGUACAGGCCACUAAUGAACAAGGUUUGACAGAUAUGAAUAGCGUUUUAGUUAACAAAGAUGAGCAAGAGAAGUAUCAGCUAGAAAAUGAAGUGAAGGCAUGUAAUGAGAGGGAAAAAUUGCUGAGGCAGUUCAUUGUGUUGUCUUGGGGAAGUUUCAUUCUUGUAAUUGCGAUGAUACUUGCAAUGGGGAAGAAGUAA